AUGCAGGCCCCUGACGCUCUUGAGGCCCUGUCGGUGUAUCCGUCGGCUCCGGGCGAUGCCCCCGACGGCAAGUACGCCAUACGCAGUGGCAAGAAGAAGCAUGUGGACUCAUCCGGCCCUGGCAUCGAAUACACCAGCUGGUUUAGGACUCCCUCUCGCGAUCAGGGCUUCUGUGAUGAUAAGGCCGCUGGAAUCUGGACAUGGUUCGAGAUUGCUAUUAUGGAGAAUGCAGACGCCGUCACACCCCGAGUUAAAGAUGAUAUUCAGCUCUCGUGGUCCAGUCACAAGAACGUUCUAAGCUGUGAAGAUUUCACUUGGAAAAACAACGUGAUUGCUGUUCGGCUUUGCUCUCGUUUCCAAGGCUGGAAAUUGACGGCAAAGCGUGGUUACCCGGUCGUGGAACUGGCCGCCCCGAUUGAACGCGAGUCUCUCAACUUCGGUUCUAUUGCAGCCAAGGUCCUUGGCACGCAAGAGGCUCUCAAUGACAUCAACAAAGUCAUGUUCCCUACUCUUGAACAGCUUCCGUCCGUACCAGAUAGCCUCUUCAAAGCUGAUAUGCUCAGCACGGCCAGUGCAAACGAUCGACCCUUGCGUGUAUUGUCACUGGAUGGUGGUGGCGUGCGCGGCUUGGCGUCUUUGAUGAUCUUGAAGAAAGUCAUGGACCAGUCAUGCCCAGGAAGAAAGCCUUGCGAGGUGUUCGACAUGAUCGGCGGCACCAGCACUGGAGGCUUCAUCGCGAUCAUGCUGGGUCGGCUCGAGAUGAGUGUCGAUGAUUGCAUCGCAAGCUAUGUCAAGUUCAUGGGACAAGUAUUUCCGCAAGUACAGGAAGUCAAGUCAUUUGCCGGUCUUGUCGGCCACUUCUGGCCCAGCCUUGGAACGGUUGUCAAAGUUGGGGUCAAUGGAGAGAAAUGGGACCACAGUGUCCUCGAGAAAGUCAUCAAGGAUCUCAUCAGGGAAAAGCUCAACCAGGACCCUGACUCCGUCCCUCUUCGUGACGAGAACAAUACCAACCCAUCUUGCAAGGUGCUUUGGAAUGAAGUACUUCAGGUCUUCGGCCCAGUCCGUACUACCGGCUGUUUCCUCAGUAUUGGCACUGGGACUCCCCUCAGCCAGACCUUGUCGACUGUCAAUCAUCCAAUUGACUUUACGAAUGGCCUCGCGAGUAUCGCUACCAACAGCGAGAUGGCGAAUAUUUUGUUCCGCUCUCUGAUCAACGCUUUCGCACCUCGCAGCAUGGCCAGAAAGUAUUGGCGCUUCAAUGUCGGCGAUGGACUGCCCGACUGGGUCGAAGAGGAUGGCGUUGGGAGCUGGAGGUUUCUGGCCAAGGUUGAGGAGAGUAAUGUGGGCGAGCUCGACGAUGUCGCGAUGAUCGACAUUACGAGGACGAGAGCCGAAGAUUACAUCAAGGAGCCUGGCUUUACAACGCUGCUCAAUGAGUGCGCGCCAGCUCUGGGAGGUGGAGCGUAA